GCCACACAAAUUUUGCCUAAUUUGGUAUGGGACAAUCUUAGUGGGACGGACCGAAAAAGUAAAAUGGGACCAUCUUAGCGGGACAGGGGUAAUAUCAUUUAAAUGUUUCAGCCUACCCCAACAUGAAAUCCUGAAUCCGCCCCUGAACACGUAUUUCUUUUCAAAAAAGGAAAUGUGUCACUUUUAGGACAACCUAAAAUGUACUUAAAUGACUAAUGAACAUGUCUCCUCCUACAUCAUUCGCUUAAUAUGUCUUGCACGCUUGAAGCUAAAACAUCCCUGCCAUCACUAUCAAAUUCCAAGUCUGAGUUAUCACCACCGUGUGGUAAGUCCAUCAUCCUUUCAUUUUUGGCGACUUUAUAUCUUCGUAAUGAUUCUCACAUUCAGAACCUUUUUUUUUUCAUUUCAGUAGCUUCAUUCACGUUUAUUUCAGCAUCCUCAUUAUCGCUCCAAUCAAAUUGCUCAUUACCUUAAUCUUCACAUCGGCUCCAUGUAAUUUUAUAUCAAUGCACUUGCUGCAUGUCUAAUGAAUAGAUCGGUACCAAAUAUAGUCAUUCUGAAGGAGGAGUAUUAAGGGAAAACUAGGAUACUCUAUACUAAGUGGCAUCCAGUCAAUCUCAAAAUUUACAUUCUUCAAUCCAAGAACUGAACUUCACGGUCAUCAUAAAUGUUCAAAUGUUUUCUACCAGUCAUCACUUCUAUGAUUUCUAUCUUCUCAUCCUUUCAGGAAAAUGUUGGAUACAUGACAUAUCAAUCACAAAUUCAGUGCCUUAGUUUUCUCAAAAUUAACCAUAUCAAUCAUGCUAGUGUUCCGCAUUGAAAAUUCCAUGCCUAAGAGGAGAGGAAAUAUAAAUCAAUUUCUUAAGACGAGUAAACAAUUGUUAAGAACGAGUUCAAAGGGUGUGUUUAUCUGCACCAAUUUGGCUUCUCUGAUAUGUGUUGCUCUUCUUCUGACAAAAUGUGGCUAUGCUGGAAAUCUGAUGAAUACAAAUUACAAAGUGGGGAUUCUUCAUGAUAGUGAUCAGUUUAUUGUGUCCGAAAUUUCUCACCUUGCCACAAAUUUCAAGUUCACUUUCUCACCUACUUCACAUGAGGGCUCAAUCAAAUGGUUAUGGCUGAUGAUUUUGUAGGUAUCUUCCACCUUCUUUCUUGGAAGUUGCCAAGACACAUCUCACACCUUCUAGGAAGGAGCCAUCCAACAUUGAGGUACUACCACAUCCCUUCAUGGAAGGAAGUUGCUUGGAGAUAGCUAGGAACCUCUCUAGCAAUGGGAAUGGAAGUUUGGGUGCAACUUCCUCAUGUCACACUUGAUUUGUUGAUAUUUGUUCCCUCGCAAACUUCAUGUCCUUUUUAGAGCGGUAUCAAUAUGCUUCUGGACAGCUUGUAAAUUUAUCCAAAAGCACGUUUUUCAAAGGGGAGCAUGCUGGCUUAGGAAGGAGACUAGGCAUGGAAAAUGUCCUCAACAUGAACUGUACUAGGUUGCCUCUAAAAUACCUAGGUAUUGAGCUUCACCAUGAGAUUACGAGGGCUAUUCAUUGCAACGAUCUCCUUGCCAAAAUUGACUCUAAGGGAGUGUUUGCAACUGCUUCUGCUUUUUAAAAAGUGCUUUUUUUGAUGAAGUUUGGAAAAGUGAUUGUGUAAAAAAGUUGAUAGUGUUUGGAAAAAAAGUGAUUAUGUAAAAAAGUGUUGAAGUUGGAGUGUUUGGUAAAAAAGUGAUUAUUGAUGUAGUUUUUAUUAAUGUACAAAAAUGCCCCUCUAUGAUUGCACCUUUGUGACUUGAUUCGUUUCAUCCGUGGCCUGAUUCCACGCACGUAACUCCCCUGCGAAAAUGUCAGACUCCAAGAAGCAAAGAGGGGAGGGCAUUAAUGUGACACAACAAAUAUGAACAAUAUAAAUGCCCCCUUAGUUCUCAUGAAUUACCAAAUUACCAAGAUUAAUUUUAAUAAUUGCUUCUAGCUUCUGGGAUGAAUGAACGGAGAAGUGGUCUGCUGCAAACAUCGG